AAAAAAAACAGAAGUGUGUUUUGAUUAAUGUUAUUAUAAUUAAUUGUUUAAAAACAUUGUGAAUUGACAAUAACAAUAACAACCAAUAAUCUUGAAUAGAUUUUCCACACUGACAAUUGUUUUAUAAAAUUAAAAAACGUUAAAUUAAUUAACACUGUCAUUUGUUUGAAAAUAUAAAAACUAAAAAUGUUUUUAAAUACAAUACGAUUAACAAUAAAUUGUUUAAAAUGUCCAAAUUCAAAUCGUCUUGUUCAAGCAAGACUUAUUCCUGAUAUGAGAAAAUACAGCUCAAAACAUGCUCGUCAACCAUCAAAAAUAUUAAAUGAAGAAGAAAUUCUUCAACAUUUUGAGCCAGCAAAAGGUCCAAAUGAAUAUAUAGGUAAAAAAAAUAAUGACAAUGAACAUAAACAAUUAAAAGUGAGACCAAAAAAAUCAAAGUUUAAAAAAAAGCUAUCAGUAACAUCAUAUGACAAGACAAUAAAAGAAGAUGGAAAAUUAAAUUAUCUUGAAUUAAAAGAAAAUGAUACAACACUUACAACGUUGAUGAUGCAAGUAAGAUCACGUAAAACUCGUGAUCGUAAUAGUAGAAUAAUACUUGAAGGACAAAGACUAAUAACAGAUGCAAUUGAAGCUGGUGCAGUACCUGAAAUAGUAAUAUUUAGCAGAAUAUCAGAUGUUUUAAAAUUAAAACUUCCUGAAAGUGGUGUUAAAUUAUACAGAGUACCAUACAGAGCAAUACAAACGUGGAGUACAUUAACAACAUCACCAGGAAUAAUGGCAUUUUUUAAAAUUCCAGAAACAGAAAAUACAGUUGUAACAUCAGAUGCUCUUCCUUUAACAAUAAUAUGUGAUAAUAUUAGAGAACCUGGUAAUAUGGGAUCAAUAAUGAGAGCAGCUGCUGGUGUUGGUUGUAAAAAAUUGAUUCUUCUUAAAGGAUGUGUUGAUAUUUGGGAUCCAAAAGUAUUGAGAAGUGCAACUGGAGCACAUUUUAGAUUUCCAAUUUAUGCUACACAAACUUGGGCAGAUGUACGUAAAUUAAUUGAUGAAGAUUCAAAUAUUUAUAUUGCUGAUAAUAAUAUUACUGAAAAAAUUGUUGAACCAAGAGAAAAUAAAAAUAUUGAAUCAGAAUUAGCAGCAGCUGAUGAGGCAACAGAAUGUCAAGAAAAUGAAAAUGAUGAACAUGAAAAUGUUGAUGAGGAUGAUGACGAUGAUGAUGAUGAUGAUAUUAUUGAUGAUGAAGGUCAAAAUAAUGGACCAAUUAUGAUUAACGAAGAUGAUCUACUUGAAAUGGUUAAAAAUUCAGAUGAAAAAAAAAGUUAUCGACAAAAAAUGAAUGACAUAAAAAUUUCAAAACAAUUAACAAGUAACAUACCAGUUAUUCCAUAUUAUGCAUCUGAUUAUACAAAUGGUGAGACUGUUGUUAUUAUUGGUGGUGAAACAAGUGGUCUAAGUCUUGAUGCACUGGCUCUUGUACAAGACAGAGGUGGAAUUCGUGUUAAUAUACCAAUGACUAAUGGUGUUGAAAGUCUCAACACUGGUAUGGCACUUGGAAUAAUAACAUUUGAAAUUAAAAAACAAUUUUCAAUUAAACCAACUGUUAAAGCAACUGAAUAAUUCACAUUUUCUUUAUAUAAUAUUAUGGAUCAUCAAAAAAUAAUGUAUAUUAUGUAACAAAUUGAAUACAGUUAUUAAAAAAAAUUAA